UUGCAGAUCCCGCGAGGGCGCGGCGUGUAGGGUGGGAGUCGGGGCCGUCAGGGCGGGGUCCUCCACAGGCCCGCCCAGCCGCCUGCGCCUCCGCGCGCCAAAGUUAAAGUGCGGGUCCCGCCGGCGCGAGACUGACGUUGCCACCCGGAGCCGCCGGUGCCGCCGUGUCCCUGCAGGUCCCGCGCCCGAGCCGUCUGGAGCUAGGCAUGGCCACCCCACCUAAGAGGCUCUGCCCUUCUCCCUCGACCAGCUCCGAGGGGACCCGCAUCAAGAAGAUCUCCAUCGAGGGGAACAUCGCUGCUGGGAAGUCAACGUUUGUGAAUAUCCUAAAGCAAGUCUGUGAGGAUUGGGAAGUGGUUCCCGAGCCUGUGGCCAGGUGGUGCAAUGUGCAGAAUACUCAAGAUGAAUUUGAGGAAUUGACAACGUCUCAGAAGAGCGGUGGGAAUGUUCUUCAAAUGAUGUAUGAGAAACCUGAACGAUGGUCUUUUACCUUCCAAUCAUACGCCUGUCUCAGCCGGAUCAGAGCUCAGCUUGCCUCUCUCAAUGGCAAGCUCAAAGAUGCAGAGAAACCUGUAUUAUUUUUUGAACGAUCUGUGUAUAGUGACAGGUACAUUUUCGCAUCUAAUUUGUAUGAAUCUGACUGCAUGAAUGAAACAGAGUGGACCAUAUAUCAAGACUGGCACGACUGGAUGAACAGCCAGUUUGGCCAAAGCCUUGAAUUGGAUGGAAUAAUCUAUCUUCGAGCUACUCCAGAGAAAUGCUUAAACAGAAUAUACAUACGGGGAAGAAAUGAAGAACAAGGCAUUCCUCUUGAAUAUUUAGAGAAACUUCACUAUAAACACGAAAGCUGGCUCCUUCAUCGGACUCUGAAAACCAGCUUUGAUUAUCUCCAAGAGGUGCCUGUCCUUACACUGGAUGUUAAUGAAGACUUUAAAGACAAACACGAAAGCCUGGUUGAAAAGGUCAAAGAAUUUUUAAGUACUUUGUGAUUGCACAGGAGACAGCGGGCAACAGAAUGUUUCCAGAUACUUCUUCAGUUUUGUGUACUGCCAUAGCUUGAUAUUCAUACAAAAGUCUUUACAAGCGUCAAGUUUUUAAACCAGUUUUGUUUCAAGGAAAAGCCCUUUUCUUUAUGUAUAUAUAUAUAUGGUUUAUUUAAUAUUUGUAAUCAUAUGUAAAACUUGUGUCCCUCCCGGUCUUCCUUCCCAGUUUUAAAUCAGGUGUGGAUCUCUCACAGCAGGGAGUCUGGAUAAACUGUUCUAACAGCUCAACCUUCUCUGCCUUCUCACUUGUCAUCCUGAGCGAGUUAACAUGUUUUCAUUGUGUCUUUGCUUCAGAGGUGACCAAUUUCGUCAUGGACACUUGACCGUUGUGUGUAGAGGAUGUGUGUCUUAUAUGAGUUGGUAUACCUAGUACAAGCUGAGAAGUGGGGAGUCGCUGGAAUAGGGAUGCUGGAAUAGGGAUGCUCAAGUGUUUGCUUUGUUUUCUUCCUGUUCCUUUUGGUAGCGCUAGAUAUUGAAGCCAGGGUCUCUCGAUCAAGUGCUUCUCCUGCUCUACUCAGUGUUGAGGAUAAGACCAUGUUAGCGUCACCACAGUAAUGUUUACUACUGCGUCUGUGGUGCAUUUGUAGAGGAGGCUAAACUCUUCCCAGUUUGAUAAUGGUAUAAUUACUUCAUAAAUCUUUUAAUCUUUAAUAUGUUUCUUCAUCUGGGAUAAGAACUCUAUUUACGUGAAAUUUUGGACCAGAAGAAAUCUUUAUUUAAGAGGUAGCUAAGAAAUUUAUUACAUGAGUAUAAAGCUUCAUUAAGAUAGCUACCGCUUUUCUCGGAACUACUGCAGUUAAAAUGCUUGUUUAAAUUAUCUUUUUUUUUUGUUUUGUUUUUUUGUUUUAAAGACAGGGUCUCUCUACAUACCCCUAGCUGUCCUG